AUGUCCGCGGCGACGCGACGCGCGCUCGCGUCGCUCGCGGAGUCGGCGGCGAACCGCGCGCGGCGUCCGCGGGCGCGGUGGACGGCGUCCGCGCUCGCGGAGGCGGAGGGCGCGGCGGACGAGCGGACGCGUCGUCGCGACGAGCGCCUUCAGAUGAUUGAUGCGAUGCGACACCAUCAUCGUCGUCCUCGUCAGGAGCAGCAUCAGCCUCGUCGUCGUCGUCACCGAUGGUCGUCGUCGCCGCGUUCGACGCGCGCGACCGCGGGGUUCUCCGCGAGCGCCGCGAGCGGCGCCGCCGCGGGCGCGUCGCCGUCGCCGCCGAAGGACGACGACGACGACGACGAGAGAUCCGCGUCGUCGUCCCGCUCGUCGUCGUCGUCGUCGUCGUCGUCGUCGACGACGUCGACGACGACGACGCCCGCGGAGUCGCCGCGUCGAUGGUGGGACCUCCUCGGCGUCGUCAGACAGUCCCCGCACGUCGCGUCCGUCGCGCUGACGACAGGGCUCCUCAUGGCCGGCCACUCCUGCGUCGCGCCCGUCCUCCCGCUCUUCGCGAACGAGUUCGGCGCGAGCAUGACGCAGGUCGGGAUGAGCCUGAGCGCCUUCGCCGUCGCGCGGUUGGCGCUCAACGUCCCCGCGGGCGCGUUCGCCGACGCGCGAGGCCGACGCCCUCUGAUCGUCGCCGGGCCGGUGAUCACCGGGAUGGGGAUGCUCGGCAGCGCGUUCGCGGGGUCGCUGCCGGAGCUGUUCGCGUGGCGAUUCGUAUCCGGCGCCGGCAGCGCGGUGUACGCGGCGGGCGCGCAGGCGCGUUUUAGACCGGCGUUUCUGAUCGACGCGUCGUCGCCGUCGACGCGCGCGCGGACGCUCGGGGUGAACCAAGCCGCGACGCUGCUCGGCGCCGCGAUCGGACCGGUGCUGGGCGGGGUCACCGUGGGGGCGUUCGACUUGGGGUGCCGGUCGCCGUUCGUGUUUGUUGGGGGGUUGUGCGGCGUCGCCGCGGCGCACGCGUGGUGGAGCGUGCCGGAGACGCUUCCGUCGGCCAGGGCGUCGGACGAGGUCGUAUCCGACGUGGCAUCAGUCGGUCGGACGGUCGGCGCCGCGACCGCCGCGGGGGCUUCCACGUCGGACCACGUCGACGCCACGUCGGAUUCGUUGUCCGACACCCUGUCCGACGAAGACGAGCGCGAGCGCGAGCGCGAGCGCGAAGACGACGCCGCCGCGGUGAAGACGCUGCUGUCCUCGAAGGACUUCCUCGCCGUGUCCGGGCUCAACGCCGCGCUCUUCUUCAGCGGCGCGGGCGGCCGCGCGACGCUGCUGCCCCUCGUCGCCGCGACCGAGCACGGGUACACCCCGCACGGCGUCGGCUUGAUGUUCGCGGCGAUGGCGGCGACGCAGCUCGCCGGCGUCGCGCCCGCGGCGUACCUCGCCGACAAAACGCCAUCGCGCGCCGCGGUCAUCCUCCCGGGCGUGCUGGCCUCCUCCGCCGCGGUCACGGCGGUCGCGACGACGAAGGACGCGAACGUCUUCGCCGCCGCGUGCGUCGCGUGGGCGGCGUCGCACGCGCUGAUGGGCCCCGCGCCGGCGGCGUUCGCGGCGGACGUCGCUCCGAAGAGAGCGCGAGGGACGGCGAUUGGCGCGUUUCGAUCGUGCGGGGACGUCGGGUUGAUGAUCGGGCCGGUCGCGCUCGGGGCGAUCGCGGACGCGAGCGACGCGGGGGUGGCGCUGGCGGUGAACGCGGUCGGGUUGGCGGCCGCGGGGGUGGCGUUUAAGGCGACCGCGCGCGAUUGCAGCGCCGCGAAGAAAUAG